CCCGACCUUUGCUCUUUACGUCACUUUCAGCUCUGCAGGUAGAGACAUCAGGAGAAUGUGGCAGAUAUGGAGCAGAUUGCAGAGGAGAUAAAGCAGAGUUGUACUAACGUAGAGGGCGGAAGAAGAUGGGGGAGAUUGGGCGAUUGCAUCUUAAUAAUGCUUUUUAACAAAGUAGUAAUGUAAAUGAAAAAGGGUAAAAAAAAAGAAAGACACGGGGCGGGGAGAAGGAGUGAGGAGACAAGGCAACACUAAAAGACCCGGCAGAGGGAGAUGCAGAGAGAGUAUGAGAAGGAAGGAGGUGCAAGAGGUGGAGGAGUACGAGCCUAGAAAUCCACCCUUUGCUAAUAGUCUCUCUGAGGAGCCCGGACUCUGCUCGCCUUAGGUAUAUCUCUCUAUAUAUGUAUAUGUACAGGAGCAGCGCAUAUUAAAGCUGCAGAUCCUUUAAGGUACCUGGAAGAAAGAUCUGAAAAGGUUUUUAAAGUAUCAUCAUUACACGUACCACAAAGUUAUUUUACUAUUAAUAACUAAUGUUGGAUGGCAUUAUAACAAGUUUAAGAACCAGGAUGGACUUAAAGAAAUGCAGUGUAUGGAUGUUCCUGCCUCUUGUAAUGGCUGUGUUCACUGCUGUUGGAUUAUGGAUAGUAUAUUUUAUUGCCAUAGAAGACAACAGAAUUUUUCCUUUAAACUUAGACAGCAGACCACCCACAAAAAGGCCUCCAUAUAUAAGUAUUGCAGGCGACGAGCCCCCUGCAAGCUGUGUGUUUAGCCAAGUCAUGAACAUGGCAGCAUUUCUAGCCCUAGUGAUUGCUGUCCUGCGCUUCAUACAGUUAAAGCCAAAAGCAAUUAAUCCUUAUCUCAGUGUGAGCGGCCUUGUUGCCUUGUGCUUGACAUCGUUUGGCAUGACCCUACUGGGCAACUUUCAGCUGAAAAACAAUGAGCAAAUACAUAAUGUUGGAACAUCAAUGACCUUUGGAUUUGGAACUCUAGCCUGCUGGAUUCAGGCUGCAUUAACCUUUAAAAUCAAUAUAAAAAAAGAAGGAAGAAAAGCUGGAAUCCCCAGAGUUUUAUUAGCAGCUGCCAUCACCAUCUGUGUUAUUCUUUAUUUUAUCUUCAUGUCACAGAAACUUCACAUAUACGCUCCACGUGUCCAGUGGGUUCUUGUCAUGUGUUUCUUGACAUACUUUGGCACCUUUGCUGUGGAGUUCCGGCACUGCCGAUUUGAAAUCAUUUGCAUUGAAAAUCAGGAGCACCAGGAGAUUUUCCACAGCUUCUCUGAGAACCUUUCUGAUGUAUGCUCUGAAUACCAAACUGAUCAGGUGUAAAGCUAGCUGCCAAAUUCAGCAAACAUAACCAAUCUACUAUACACUAUAAACUUAGAAAUCGGAACACUAGUUUUGUAAUGUGAAAAAUGAGGAUUACUAACAACUAAUACAAUUCUUCAUUUAUUUUGCAGUGUUUUUAAAAUGAUUUCUUUUUUUAAACUCUGUCUUGUAUUUAGGAUGUUACCGAAAUCAACAGGUUAAAUUCUUGAUAUGUCCCUGUAGAUUUGUAUAAGUCUCUACAUAGUUUCCAGAACUAAAAGCUAGCCACAGUAUGAGUGCAUGUGAGCAUAAGCAGUACAUUACUAAUGCCAACACUUGUUUCAUGGCAUAUGUGUUAUUCUAUGUGUUCUAGUAUAUGAACUGAAAUUCCAUAGGAUGUUAGCAAAUAACAAAUAUACAUCAUUAUUACAGAUGUUGUAUGUCUUUAUGCAGGUGAGCACUUGAGCAUUUUAAUGAGGGCAUUUAAGCUAGGCCUGCUAAUGAAAUGUCACUGUUAUCCAAGCCUAAUCUGGAUGGCACCAAUUACGAAAAAUGCAGAAGCCAGUUUGCUACUGCCCUCUAAUUGAGAAGCUUUGUACUGUAUUUGCAGCUUGUGUAUUUGUGGUAAUAUGAUGAAAGGGAGAUUAGAACUGCACCACCACUCACUUGUGAUACAUAGAAAUAAAUAACAUUGGUGUGCAGGUUAAUAAGUUUGGUAUAAAAAAGGAAUCAUUUUGAUGGCUUUGGUGCUCGCCUGAGUUGUUAAACACCAUUGCCUGCCAUAGCUACAGUAGCAUGUUCCCAAUUCACAUCUGUAAGCAGGAGAGACAUUCUAACCAUUAUGAUUCACCCAGUGCAGUGGUCAAAACUCCAUGUGCAUAUUUGGCCUU